ACUUGCAUACGGGUUCUUCAAAAAUGGAUGCGCCCUUGAAGAAAUCGAAUGUGUGAAUAGAAUAACUUUUAAACGUUAAUUUAAAGUUGUCAUACGUUGUGAUGGAUCCUAAAAAGGACGCUGGUGAUACCAAACCAGAUUUUAAAGACAAAAUAGACAAACAGAAUGAAAAAUUUAAGACUCCAGGAUGGAGAACGUUACCAAGUACAUCAGCUUUCCGGGCGAUCAAUUUUGAAUUAUAUGCCAAACCGAAUAUCAUGGUCAUGGGUCCAGGAACAGUGCUGUUUCUGGGAUGUAUAGGCUACAUAAUCUACAUGAGGAUGAACGAAGAUAAAAAUAGCUACACUGCCAUGAAUGCAGAUGGGACCUUGACGAGACGAGAGAAAACUUCGCGCUGGGACUGACUUCCUCUCUCUUUGUUCAUGUGAAGUGUUUUGUUAUAAUUGUGUAUUUAAUGCUGUUAACUCCUAGUAACCAAAUGCUUGGGUUACUGUAAAGUUGUGACUUAGAAGACAGGAAGUUUUAAAACUGUGAUGUGAUGAAUGUUAUGUAACAUUACUUGUGUUAAAUAUGAUAACUGUUAUUUAUAUGUAAUUGAACAUGUGUAUAUAAUAGUUUAUGAUGAUAAUAUUAUAAAAGCAAAAAAUUGAU